UGCACUACCAGAAGAUUGUCCAUAGAGACAUCAAGCCCUCUAACUUGCUCCUGGGGGACGACGGCCACGUGAAGAUAGCGGAUUUUGGGGUCAGCAACCAGUUUGAAGGCAAUGAUGCCUUACUGUCCAGCACUGCUGGCACUCCUGCAUUUAUGGCCCCAGAGACCCUUUCAGACGCGCGAAAGAGCUUUAGUGGAAAAGCACUGGACGUGUGGGCGAUGGGAGUUACACUUUACUGUUUCGUUUUUGGAAAGUGCCCCUUUAUUGAUGAGUACAUAUUGGCUUUGCACAAUAAGAUAAGGACCAAGCUUGUGGAUUUCCAAGAAACACCAAAUAUCAGUGAAGAGCUGCGGACUCUGAUCCUGCGGAUGCUGGAUAAGAACCCGGACACCAGGAUUACCAUCCCUGAGAUCAAGCUGGACCAGUGGGUGACCCAGGGGGGCACUGAUCCCUUGCCACUGGAGGAGGAGCACUGCUCCGUGGUGGAGGUGACGGAGGAGGACAUCCAGAACUCAGUCAAGUUUGUUCCCAGCCUCUCUGCUGUGAUUUUGGUGAGAGCCAUGCUGAGGAAGCGCUCCUUCAGUAACCCCUUCGAGUGUCCAAGCAGGAGAGAGGAGCGCUCUAUGUCUGCACCAGGCAGCCUGCUAAUGGACUCGUGGCCCUUCCGGCCCUCUUUAAAAAUGCACCCCUCCCUCAGAAAGGGCAGCACGGGAGAUGGACCCAGAGAAGGAGAGCUGGAGGACCUGCAUGAAGACGAGCCCUCCUCUUGAGUCUCUCAAAAGUCUUAAACUCCAUCCCAACAUACAUCCCUCUGCUUGUUCACCGGCGUACUCUCCACUUUAAUCUGCUGAUUGACUCGAGUUCACAUUCAGACUUAUUUGCUCCAACUUGCUUUUGAUUUAGCUUAUUCCUUUUUCUUCCUGAUCUGCCCUUCUACAAUGUGGAGACUUUAGCUUGUUCUUCAAUGUCGCUUGUCUUAACUGCUCUCCCACUUCCUGUUGUGACUGGCAUCAGUGAACCGAUACGGGGAACUCUGCAUCAUUACCAGCUGAUGUGGGGAAAAAAACUGUCAAAACACGUCUGCAUGGAUGAAGAGUUAAAGAGUCAUCAUCACACACGCCUGACAAGGAGAAUAAUCCUCACAGCAUGUAAAUGGCAUUAGAUUGUCUCUUCAGUGAACUACAGGUUUGUUUUUUUCUGAUAUUGUACAUAGAUGUCUUGAGGUAUCAUCAAUGUAUCGUCUCACAGCCCUUUUCUUGUUUUUAUGCCAUCGGUAGCUUUUAUUUUUGAGCUGGGUGAUGGAAUCCUUCCUGUGCUGCCUUCAAGGGCCCACCUUGUUGGAUUCCUCUGACAGGAAGUCAGCUGUCUACGGGUGAUCGCACAGAAAGGCCAGUGACUUGGCUAUGCUCCAACACAUUUAAAAGUUACUUUGGUCGCUGUGUUAUUUGAAACCUUUUCUGUUAGAAGUAAUUUCACGCUUCCUUUUCAACUCCUUCGUGUCUGAUAAUUGUUCUCCUGCACCGUCUCUUACCUUCCGUAUCCUGUUGUACUGUUUGAUCCAAUGUGAAGUUAUGGCGACAGAGGUCGGAGCACUUGGAAGUGUUGUUUGUUGUUUGAUGGUAAGUCAGAACAGACUGUAAUUUCCCUUUUUAAAAAUCCCAUUCUUGGAUUCAGAGCUUGUUUGAAGGCAUGAAUAAUCGUAUUGUCCAAGUUAAACAUCAAUGUGCGCUCUUACAGAAGAAAUUGUAUUAUCCAGGCUAAGGGACAGCGCACAAAUUAUUACUGAAGGAGAGGUCAGAGAAGUGGCGGGGUUGUUAUGUUUCCUUUUAGCUGAGGGAUGGUUAGUCUGAAUGUUUUGGAGAAAAAGAGAAGGGUCUUUUUAUUUUUCUAAUGUCCCACAUUAAUAAUUCAGUAUUCCCUUGCACAUGGCUCUCAAAGUCACAGCAGAUCAUAAAACUGUGCUGAGCUGUGAAAAAUGUUAUCUCUACAAAAAGUCAUAAUCUCCUUUACUUUCUUAUGCAUAGUAACAAAAAUGUGUUAAAAAAUUGUAGAUGUGUCAUAAAAUGUCAGCCUUUUUGUUGCCACACUUUUUGAAAUUAUUAAUUCCAUUUAUUGUGGAAAGAAUUUUUCCUUAAACACAGAGAUAUGAUUUAAAUAUAUUUUAUAACAUAAUUGAUUACAUUUAAAUUAGGUUACAUCAAAUAGAAUUAUUGAGAAGUCAGAGCUAGGGUCCAAAUUAAAUAGUAAUUAAUGCUGGAAAGGGUUGUGCGAAUAAAAGAUCUCAGCGAUGUUUGCAAGGUCCCUAACUAGAUUUCCUGGCUAACAUGUUGAAGGUCAAACUAGCCAUACGUGUGUCGAGCUGCGUUGGCUAGUUAGUCAGCAUUCUAACCAGAUCAAAACAAUUGGUGGCAUAUGAAAUAUCAUUUAUUUGUGUGAUUGAAGUCCUUUGUUUGCCAUUAAGCUUGAUUGCCAAACUUCAAAACAAGUCAAAUCUGUGGUCUGCAGUGUUUACGCUGUCUCAAAUAAACGAUAGAUCUCUUCCUCCUCCGCAGCUCUCCUUCAGAUAAUGUUUGUACAACUCCAUUCUGCUCUGGCCUGGGUCUGUGAAAGAGAGCGUGCUUGUCUGGCAGAGUGCUUUGAGCACUUGAACCGCAGUGAAAAGAGCAUUUCAAUGUCACGAUUAGACCCAGACUGCCAACAACGACACACUGCAUCCACUUCAGUGCCGUCCCCAGUGUGGCUGAUUAUAAACGGGGGUCGGGGGUGGAGGGGGGAGUGCAGCGUUUUGCAUUUCCUUUAUUAAACUUGCCCUCAGUAUCCGCAGUAAAGGAUGCAUACUGAAGCACAGAGAGCAGAGAGGGGUUGGUAGAAAGUGUUGCACACAUUGAGCCUCUGUGUUUAGAGAUGUAUGUUCACACUGUCAGGAAAGUAAUGCACAAAGACCAUGGGUUCUUGGGAAUGUAAAGCUUUAUAUAUAUUUGUAUGUAAUUGUUCUGUAAAAAAAGUAUACGUGUUGAAUGUUGUAAAUGCUGAUUGACAUGAGGGCUUUUUUAUUUAAUGCAACCUUUUAUUUUUUAUUUUUCCAGAGGACAAGUUAAGGAAGCCCUGAGAUCCUUUUGCAGUUAACCUUCAAUGAAGGACUGUUUGAACCAAAAAUAUUACAUUUGUAUGUCUUAAGUUGACUGUUUAUAACUUACAACAUUCUUUUGAGGUUUUCUUUAAGUCUCUGGGUGUCGCCAGCUUUACAUUUGUGUGUUUGUACUGACAGACUGUUGUCAGUGCCAGAUGUGCAAUAUUGUUGUCGUCCUUGUCAUUGCUACAUUGUUGAAAAAACUAAAGUACUGGUUAUAUUUAAAUAUUUGCACAUUUUCACUUACAGAAAGCAUCUUAAAAAUACUGGUGCCUGCCAGCUAUUCAAAAUUUUACAAUUUAUGAUAGAGGGAAAAAACUGUGGUUCACCUGUAAAAGACCAUAUUAACUGUGUAUGUUCUCAAAGUCUCCCGUGCUUUUGAUAUCAAUCUGCAUGUCACAGCAUUGCUCCUUGUUUUUGGAGAUUUAUUUUAUAAAUGAAACUAAAUAUUAUUCAAUUUAUCUUUUCUGUAAUUUAUUCUCCUGUCUGUUUCAAAAGAACGCUGUAACAGCUGCAGUGACAACAUCUGCAUGUCCACAUAGAGACAGAAAUUGUGAAUGUUGUGUAACCGCAGCUAGGGACUUGUGGAGUUUACUGCUGUAAUGAUGAAGAAUACUACACCACUGUCAUCCCCAUUAUAUGAGCAGCUGGAGAUAGCAGCUUUAUGUCCAAUAUCCCCAGAGACACAGUGAGGGAUGAUCACUAACUGCCCUUAAAGAUUGAACAUUAAGCCUCCAGCUAUACCAAACUGCUACCCUUAUUCAACAGCUAAUAGCCUGUUUAUAUGAAUUAUGACCUCUGCAAAGGUUAUGUUUAAAGGGAUAAUUAACCCAAAGCUAAAACUCAACAACCUAUUUUCCCUCUUACCUGUUGUGCUGUUUAUAAAUAUGACUUUGAUUGCAGAGUGUUGGAAAGAUGCUGAUCUUCUCUCUUCUUCUCAAAUGUAGCACAAAUGUUUUCUUUUUGAUGCAGAUACAGGUCCAGAUACUUAUUAAAUACACAUUUUUAAAUUGUGUUACUGGAGGUUUGUGCACCCUCUUAAGUUCAGUGUUGGUGAAAAAAAAUCAAUGGGUGCAAUUGCAGCACUGAGAGUGAGUCACAGGAAUAAUUCCUCAUGAUUUCAGGUCAUUGUAUCCAAAGGAGGAGUGUGGGAGAGUGUACAUAAUGUUGAGUUGGGGAGGAUUUAUACAGCUGCUCUGUAUUACAUGUGACUGUCCUGAUGUUUUUCCUGAAGGUGUCUCUGCGUCUCGUGUUGUCUCGUGCAUUUUUUCUGAAUGUACUCUGGCUCGUCACAAAUUCAAAAACAGAAGCAUGGCACAUCCCUAUGGUCUGCAAUGUAAAUAUGUACCAAUAUAUAUGAAGAAGCUAUUUUUUGCAUGCUUUUUGUAAUCCCAGACAUAAUCAGAGACAAUAAAAAAUACAUUCUGAGUUA